AUGGUCAAAGCUGUCGCUGUAUUAAGAGGAGACUCCAAGGUCGGAGGAAUCGUCACUUUCGAGCAAGCCUCGGAAUCUGAGCCCACCACUGUUUCAUGGGAAAUCACCGGAAAUGAUGCCAAUGCUCUCAGGGGCUUCCACGUCCACCAAUUCGGUGACAACACCAACGGAUGCACUUCUGCCGGUCCUCACUUCAACCCAUUUGCUAAGACCCACGGAGCCCCAGAGGAUGAGACCAGACACGUCGGUGAUCUUGGAAACAUCUCUACCGACUCUACCGGUUUGGCCAAGGGCACCAAGCAGGACAAGCUCCUGUCACUAUUUGGUGAGAACUCCAUCCUUGGAAGAACUGUCGUUGUUCACGGCGGUCAAGAUGACUUGGGAAAGGGUGGCCACCCAGACUCUCUCAAGACGGGUAAUGCCGGUGGAAGACCUGCCUGUGGUGUCAUUGGUUUUGCUGCUUAA